ACUCUGGAUUUAAGAUUGAUUCAAUUUCCCCAGAACCAAAAAAGAAAAAACCUCAUUGACGACCAUAGAUCAGCGCCUCUCCACCCCAAAACACAACCUAUUGAAAAAUGCCACCCACAACCCUCGCCAUCUUCGACUUCGACGGCACCCUCUUCAAUACCCACGAAUCCAUCUCACAAACCAUCCAACUAACCUUCCACGCCCUCCUCCCCGCCUACGGCCCUCCCCAAUCCGAAGUCCGCCGCUUGAUCGCCAGCGGCGCCGGCCUCUCCGACACCUUCCGCGCCCUCCACCCAAACCCAACGACCUUUAACGAAAACGAAGACGCCUGGAUCGACAAAUACCGCGCCCUCUAUGCAACCCAUGGCCAACUCCUCAUCAGAGCCUUCCCGGGCGCCCGGGACGUCCUUGCCGCGCUCAAGGGCCAUCAUGUACCCGUCGCCAUCGUGAGCAAUAAGGGUGUGGCGGCGGUGAAGACCACGCUGGAGCAGAAUGGGCUCGACGGGUACGUGCCGGAGGACUUGAUCAUCGGUGAUAAGACGCCCGGGGCGCAGCGGAAGCCGGAUCCGGCGAGUUUUGCGAAUGUGUUGGUGCCGACGUUGCGGGAGAAGCAUGGGGUGGGGGAGGUACCGGCGGAGGGGGUGUUAGUGAUCGGGGAUACGGUGGCAGAUAUUAAGUUUGCGAGGAAUAUUGGGGGGAGGGUUUGUUGGUGUCGGUAUGGGUAUGGGGAUCGGGGCGCGUGUGAGGCGUUGGCGCCGGAUUUCGUGGUGGAUUCUUUGGGGGAAGUGGUGGGGAUUGUUAAGGAGUGAUUCUGUUUAAGAGAGGGGAAGUACGUGGCAUUUUGUAUAGAGUAGUCAUGACGUUGGAGGAUAUAGAAUAAAAUAAAAUAAAAAUGUGCAGCAGACAAA